UACUUCCGGUUCAGAAUUCACCGGGGUCUUUACAGCGCGGAUUAGCAAGGCAGCCGGUUGUGUUCGCCACGAAAAUAACGUUUAUUUCUUUCCUUCAGAGAAGUGUAACCAGUUGAAAAUGUCUGGCAGAGAAGGAGGCAAGAAGAAGCCGCUGAAGGCGCCCAAGAAACAGUCCAAGGAAAUGGAUGACGAUGAUGUGGCCUUCAAGCAGAAGCAAAAGGAAGAACAGAAGGCGAUGGAGGCAAUGAAGGCCAAAGCUUCAGGGAAAGGACCUCUAGGUGGUAGCGGCAUCAAGAAAUCGGGCAAGAAGUAAAAUCUGAGCUUCCAGUUUGCUCUGCUAAACAUGAACCCUGUCAAAACUCAAAACUCGCCCCUGGUGUUUAGCUCCUCCAGCAGUGAAAGUGUACAGAGAAAGAGUUUAAUAAUUUUGAGGAUUUAAGGGACAGGAAGAUCUGUUGCCACAUCAUAACUCCCCAAUGGCAUGUACUGAAAGGUUUCACACUGUGACACUUGUUGUUGAGAACACUUCACUCAGUCAUACACACUGACCCAAAUCUUCAAAUGCAGUUUAGAAACGAAGGUCUGCAAUUUAGAAAUGGAAAGCGUUGGAAAAAAACCUGAUGUCUGUUUUAUCUUGUUUUGUGUCCAUGUGAAACUUUAUCAGAAACACAUCACCCCAAGCUCUUUUUUUUUUUUUUUUUUUUUUAAAAUUGUAAAGAGGGAGAUACCAAUAAAGUUUUUUGUAAUUACU